AUGGCUACCACCUUGCCUCGGCACGGGCGUCCUUCGAACGGACCCCCGAACUCCGCCCUCCCUGCUUUGCCAGUCUCCAAGACACGGAAGAGCGCCGGCGGGAUUGCAGCUCCCUCGAAGCCCCCGAACACGCCGAGAAGCGGUCUACGAGCGCCAUCGGCUACACAUCUCCCGCCGCCAACCCCAGCACCCACCACAGCUUUGCCAACCCCCAAAGGCGCAGCCACUCCCAAUGGAAGAACCAUCCGCAAAACGGUUAGCAUCAAUUCGUUCCCUCAACCUCCCAAGGGGGACUCGAGAACCACCAGUCUGCCACCAAGUCCGUUGUCUAGCGGUUUAUCAACUACCACCCCAGCACGAAAGUCGCGAACACCGAGUGCCACACCUAGGAUGGGUCAUCUGUCCAACAUGACUCCGAGUUUGCUGAACGGCAGUGGCGAGGGUAAAACGCUUAGCGGGGCCAGCGUGAGGAAUUCAGAUGGGCUGAUGAGCAUUUCUUCCCCGCCGCAAAGCCGGAGCUCUUCGGCCCAAGACUCCUAUUCUACGUCUGCUACGACCUAUGAUGACCCCGUAGACAUGAAUGCAAGCUCUAUCAGCGAUAAGCGCGUUUCGAAAGGAAUAGAUGGCAAGGGCAACGUUCUUGUCAGCGUAAGAGUGCGGCCUGACUCGGGAAGCAAUAACAACCAAGUUGAGGGGGAAUGGAUGGUGGAUGGGAGGAGGUCACUUGUAUCAUACCGUGGCAAGGAAGGGGGUGAUUACUUCUACGAUAAUGUGUUUGCCACGCACGACGACAAUAGCAGAGUGUAUGAUCACUGCGCCAAACGACUCGUCCGCCGAGUCAUGGAAGGCUACCAUGGAACUGUCUUCGCCUACGGCAUGACAGGUACUGGUAAGACAUUCUCAAUGCAGGGUACAGCUUCAUCCCCGGGUGUAAUACCGCUGGCCAUUACCGACAUCUUCUCCUAUAUCCGCGAGACGCCAUCCCGCGAGUUUUUAUUGCGGGUCAGCUAUUUGGAGAUUUACAACGAGAAGAUCCAUGAUCUCCUCAACAUGUCCACUAGCGGGGUUGGAGGAACGGGUACGCAGGACGAAAUCAAGUUGCGAGAAGACAGCAAGCGCGGUGUCUACGCAACGCCACUGAAGGAGGAGAUUGUGCAGAGUCCCACCCAACUCCUGCGCGUCAUUGCCCGUGGUGACCAGGCUCGUAGGACGGCAAGUACACAGUUCAACGCAAGGAGUUCUCGAAGUCAUGCUGUGGUUCAGAUCGUCGUGGAGAGUAGAGAACGCAUACCGGGAAAUACGGGAGGCGAUAGCAAGCGGUCAGGUCUACCUCCUGGGGGAGUUCGCGUGUCCACGUUGAGUUUGAUCGAUCUUGCUGGUUCCGAAAAAGCGGCCGAGACCAAGGAUCGUCGGAUAGAAGGAUCUCAUAUCAACAAGAGUUUACUGACACUAGGUACUGUGAUAUCGAAACUCUCCGACGCCAAGGACAAGGACGGGAAAGAUAAAGAUGGGAAGCAUUUGCCUUACCGAGACAGCAAAUUGACUAGGUUGCUGCAAGGAGCGCUGUCAGGAAACUCGCUUGUCAGCAUCUUGUGCACAAUUCAGAUCGGCGCAGCUGGGAGUGCCGCCUCUGCAAACAGCCACACAACGGAGACGAUCAACACCCUCAAGUUCGCGUCACGAGCGAAGAACAGCAUCGUAAGCCACGCCAAGCGAGCUGAAGAAGCUCUUGGUGCUGGUGGCGAAGGUGGUGCUAGGGUCCUUCUAGAACGAUACCGGAUGGAAAUUUUGGAACUACGAGGCCAGCUCGACCAGCAAGCCAAAAAUGAAACGACCAAUGCCGAAGACGAAGACAGGGCAAAAGACGAGGAGGAAGAGCGCUUGCGUGAGAAGGAAGCAGAGGCACGACACGAAGAACAGAUGUUGGAAAUGCAACUUGCACGUACAGCACUGAAGGAGCGUAUUGACCAUUUGAACAAGCUGAUCCUCAGCUCGAAAUCCAUCGGCGUUAACACCAAUGGAACAUUCAGCUCAUUGGGAAUGCAUGCUCGGUUCUCGCAGGCGUCGCUGCAGGCGUCUGUCCGGUCGUCCAUGGCCAUGUCGACUGGCAGCCGGCCACUCUUGGAAAGGACAGCCUCAAUGGCGUCUUCAUCAUCCACUAUUGGACGGAGAUCGAGCGGGCAGAGGCAUUCGAGUGGAGGCGAGGCCGAGGAGGAUGACAGUCUUGGCGAGUUUGGCGAGUUUGGCGACGGCACCGCCUCUCUUGCAGCACAAAAUCAGGCGUUGCAGGCCGACCUUGCUGACAAGAAUCGAUAUAUCGCCACCCUCGAAAAGAGACUAUUGCAAGCUAGGCGCGCAAGCUCCAGUCGGACGUCUGUUGGUUUCUCCUCACCCAACAAGGGGAUCAUGGUUGGCGAGGACCACAGUGUCUCUGUGCUGAUGAAGGAGAAAGAUGCGGAGAUCGCAGAGCUUAGGGCAAAAUUAGACGACAAAGACCGCAUGCUAUCGGCACUCCGCAGCGCAGCUCGUUCACGGGACGCAGCUGAGGGCAUGGAUAGCUCCCGGCGUGAAACUCGUGAGAUGCGGUCAUCUUUAUUGUACGACCAUGCGGCGAGCCCCCCUCCCCAGGGCGCGUUACCUGACCCUCCAGUAACACGACGGAAGAGCAUCUCGCCGAUGCGAGGGCGGAAGAGCGUGGAUGAGAUGUCGAUGAUUUUAGAUGAGAUGAUAUCUCAACAAGUCGAGUCGGGCCACAUGGUUAGAGGCCAGCGUGGCAGCGUCCGUGUAGUCAGUGACUCUCGCAAGGCACAGGCACAGGCGCCCGCGCAGCCGGCCGACCUGGAGGUGCUGAGGGAAAGCCCGCCGGUACUGCAUGAGCCGAAACAGGUUGCUCUAGAGGCCUAG